UUGAUAUUAUUUGUAUUAUGUGUUCAAAAUGGUAUUGAAUACAGUGCUGAUGGCCGUGUCCUCCUUCGUGCUCCGGAUAAUUUUAACGGUGAUAUUGUUGUUCCACAAGAAGUUGUCACUAUUGGUACCAGUUCCGAACUUGUUGGCAGUCCUUUCUUUAAAUGUAAAGAUAAUUUGCGAUCUCUGUCUUCUUCCCUUCAUCGCAAGUUCAGAACAUCUGCAGUUUCUGUUUCAGUGAAUCUUCGUUAG